GAAAAAAAAAAAAAAACGGCGUGGCGCGCGGCGCGAUCAGGCGCGGUGUUGAACCGUGUUGAACGGAAUGAGUGGUUGGUUGCAUUGCAAUUGGCGGCCAUUGUAGCGUGGCGUGGAUUAUUUCUGAAACUAAGUUCUACAGUAAAGUAAACCAAAGCAUAGUUUUGUAACUACAGUGGUGUGAACUGUGAAAUAGAGUUUUUGAUAGCUGAUUAUGGGUGACCCGGGUGACUACAGCGGUGGAUAUUCCGCUCAGUAUUCAGUACCACCUCCAGCUAUGGCAUCUGGUGACAAUAAUUACUCUGGGUCCGGACAAGGCUAUCAGAGUAGUUACGCUUCUGGCCAGACUCAAGAUUGGAAUCAACAAAAUUCCGGAGGCAACUCUUAUGGAAGUGGUCAACAAGGGAACAGUUAUGGCCAAAACUAUGAUUCUAACUAUGGUGGGAGUGGUGGCGGCUAUGACCGUAACAGCAGCAGUAAUUACAAUGUAGGGGGCAGUGAUCGUGGCAGCAGUUAUUACGGCGGCGGCGAUCGCGGCAGCUCUAACUAUGGUGGGGACAGAGACCGUGACAGACAAGGAUACUCUGGAGGCGGUGGAAAUGGUGACAGAGGGGGAUUCGGAGGAGGUGAUCGAAGCUACAAUAGAGAUGGGGGGAGUAGAGAUGGUGGAUUCGGUGGCGGCGGCAGGGGGGGUGGUUAUAAUAAAGGUGGCGGCGGCGGAUUCGGUGGAGAUCGGGGUGGGGGUGAUAUGGUAACUCAAGAAGACACCAUCUUUAUCCAAGGGAUGAAUCCAUCUACUACUGAAGAUGAGUUAUGUCAACACUUCGGGUCUAUUGGAAUUAUCAAGACCGACAAGAAAACCCAAAGACCAAAGGUUUGGAUGUAUAAAGAUAAAGUAUCUGGGCAACCUAAAGGUGAAGCUACCGUUACGUAUGAAGACUCCAACGCUGCAUCCUCGGCCAUUCAGUGGUUUGAUGGAAAAGAUUUUAAUGGAGCUACGAUUAAAGUGUCGCUUGCUCAAAGACAAAACACAUGGGGCGGCAACAAAGGCGGCGGCGGCGGAGGCUUCCGUGGCGGACGCGGGGGAGGCGGCGGCGGUCGCGGCGGCGGAGGCGGCGGACCUCGCGGUGGUGGCGGCUCCUCCGGCGGCGGCGGCGGUGGCGGCGGCGGACCACCUUCUGGCAACAGGGCUGGCGAUUGGAGAUGUCCUAACCCAAGUUGUGGAAAUACUAAUUUUUCUUGGAGAAAAGCUUGCAACCGAUGUAAUGAAGAGAAACCAGAAGGUGCUGGAGGUGGUAGUGGUGGUCCACCAUCCGGUGGUAACGGACGCGGAGGUGGCGGUGGCCCUCCAGGGCGCGGGGGCCGUGGAGGUGGCGGCCGCGGCGGCGGCGGUGGCUGGGGAGGCGGCGGCCGCGGCGACCGAGGCGGCGACCGCGGUGGUGACCGCCGCAGCUACGGCAGCGGUGGCGGCGACCGUGGCAGCGGCGGCGGUGCCAUGAGAAGCGAUGGCGGUGGGAGAGACCGCCAAAGACCAUAUUAAGAUAAUAUUAUUAUGUUAUUAAUAUGAUUUAGUUUUUUUUUUUUACUUGACGUAAGUUAAUAGCGACAACAUGUUGUGUGGUCUUGUAUAAAUUUAUUAAUUAAGACUAUAAUUCUGGAUAAAAUGUUCAAAAUAUCCACUCUAGAGACUGCACAUACCAAGUGAGAGCAUUAGUGUUUAAUGUUCUUAUCAAUAUGCUGUUUAUACGGGCAAAUUUAUGUGACACGUCAUAUUUGUCAUUGAAGUUGCUUUAGAAAUAAGAAAAUAUUGUUGCCUCCAAAAAAACUAAUCACAGAUGUUAAUGUUUACAAACCAGACAUAUGUAUGAGAUUGGAUUACUUUGUGUAAGUUAUCAAAUUUACCUUAUCUUAUGUAACUAUGAUUAUCAUGAAUACUGAACAUAAAAUGCGCCUCAUCAGCUAAAUAAACUGUAUUUCUUAGCCAAAAACUAACCUUUUUAGUUAAAUUUUGUAUCAAAUAAUUCUUUGAUAAGUCUAAUAAUUUCCAUGUGAUUUAACGUGUUAUUAAGUGUUUUUAGAAAUAUUAUUUAAAAAGUACAAUCUUGACCUUAAUUUACAAAUUGUUAAACUGUUAUCAUCCUAUUUUAAUUUAUAAUGCUUGUUAUGGCGAGAUUCCACUAAAAUAGCUCACGCACUAGUAAAGUUUGCACUCAAUUUGAUACCAUUUACUAGCACGAGUAAACCAAAAGAAACAUUGGAGUGCGUCAUACGUCGGUGGAAGCUCAGCUUUAGGUUUCCAAAUAGGUACCUAGUCAUGAGUCUGCCCGCCCACGUCCGACAAUCGGUGACCGAUUUUUUGUAGGAGAUAAUAAAAUAGAAUUCCUUGUAAAGUCGGUCAAAAAAUCCUAGUCAGAACAACAAAAUUCGGCCUGAUUAUCUGUUCUGCAAAAGUGACGUAGGCGGGCAGCUUUAAAAAAAGCAUGGAGUAGUUUCAGAAAUGUGACAUUGAUUUUAUACUUGACAUAUCCGAUUUAGUAAAUCAGGAAAAGUGUAUUCGGGGCGCAUUGUUAGUUUAGUUUAGACGCAGGAGAUACUCUUACAAGAUCAGUCAUAAGAAAUAAAACAUUGUAUAUUAGCAUGCAUUCAAUAAAUAAGUUAAUAUAGUAAA